AUGCAUUCUGGUAAUAGCCAGCAGGCUGCUCCUAAUAAUACAGGUGCGCAGGCUCGAGAGCAAAGACCUCAAGUUCAACAUUCAUUUCCACCAUUAUCUCAUCCUUAUAAUGAAGAUCGACGACAUGACUCUCAUGUGGGAGAGACGGCACCACUACUAACCUUUGGCCCUCUACCACCCUAUAUGCCAGCACAACAACAAUCAUCUCAGCAAAUGAAUGGUCUUCAAAAUUACUACACUCAUCCACAACAGCAGCCUCAAAUGAAUCAAAGAUCAAAUGCUUCGGGAAAAAACGUCGCUUAUUAUGAUCCGAGAACUAAACUCUAUUACACUGCGGUGGGCACACUUUGGAGUUCAAUUGAACGCAUCAGCAUCAUCGGAGAAGUACCAGAAACUUCACAACCAGCCAAGCAACCAUCCCGUUCAUCGGUACCUAAGGAGAAGGAGGGGGAGAGGCUGUCCAAACGGCCCGCAGGUCGGGAUGACGACCAGCCUCGUAAAAAGCCUAAAAUUGCCUAA